AUGCCAGUUUCACAUCAAGAAAUCGCGGCUAGUGCCGUCCAAGCCAGGAGUCGAAUUCGUCAUCACAUCUACCAAACCCCUCUCAUACCAGCAAGACGAAUUGGGGAUGAAUAUGACGCAAAGGUCCUGUUUAAAGCAGAAAAUUUUCAAUUAACUGGGUCUUUCAAGCUCAGAGGCGCACUUUCUAAACUAUCCUCUCCAACAACACAAGGACGACUAAUCACAGCAUCGUCAGGAAAUCAUGGUAUUGGGGCCGCUUUUGCCUCAAAAGUGUUCUCUAAGGACCUUACCGUCGUUCUUCCUGAGACAGUGAUACGGGAAAAGUUGGAAAAAAUCAAAUCAUUCGGUGUUAAUGUGAUCUUGCACGGUGCGGAAACUGGCCUGGCCGAACAGUAUGCGCAGCAGCUCGCUGCUAGGGGAUCCUAUACAUAUAUCUCUCCUUACAACGACGUUGAAGUUAUCGCUGGGCAAGGAACAAUUGGACUUGAAAUUCUAGAGCAGCUGGAUGAGGUAGCUAAUGUCUUUAUCUCUAUGGGUGGUGGUGGACUUAUUAGCGGCGUCGGAUCCGUUCUCAAAGCUUUUCGUCCACAGAUAAAGAUUUUUGGAGUUUCUGCCAGCAACUCGAAAGCUUUGGCAGCUUCUAUAGCGUCCGGCCGUGUUGUUGAAGUGGAUCAUCUUCCUACAAUAGCUGAGGCUGUAGCAGGAGGUAUUGAUGAAGACAAGAUAACACUUUCUCUAGCAAGCUCAGUCGUGGACUAUGUUGUGGAGUGCAACGAGACAGAAAUUUUGAGGUCUGCUAAAGCUCUCGCUGGUCAAGAGAAUAUGAUUGCCGAGGGGUCCGCGGCGCUUGCGCUUGCCGGAUUUUAUCAAGUUGCCGGGGAAUUGACCGGCCAAACUAGCGUCAUAAUUCUAUGUGGUGGGAACGUUGAUGAUGGUUUCAUCACGAAGGUAGUUUGUAGUGCUUAA